CCGCGGCGGCGGCGGGCGGCUCGGACUCUUCCGGGCGCCGCAGCUUCCUGCCAAGCACCGCGCAGCCGCCUGGCUCCGCCGCGGGAGUAGCCGGUGAAGGCCUCGUCGCCGGUGCGGGACCCAGGGCUCCGCCGCGCUCGCCCAGCCCAACCCCGGGCCGCCGGACCGCACCAUGCGCGCCGCGCCGCCGCCCGCGCGGCUUCUGCCGCUGCUGGUGCUGCUCGCGCUCCUGGCCGCGCCCGCCGCCCGCGCCAGCAGAGCCGAGUCCGCCGCUCCGCCGCAGUCCGGAUCCGAGCGCCAGCCGCGGCCGCCGCCCGGCCCUGGUCCCGGGAACGCUACCGGGAUGGGCUCCGGGGAGGCGGCGGGCGGCGGCGGCGGCGGCAGCGGCAGCGGCGGCAGCUCCAACAGCAGCGGUGACGCCCUGGUGACCCGCAUCUCCAGCCUGCUCCGCGACCUGCCCACCCUGAAGGCGGCCGUGAUCGUGGCGUGCGCCUUCUCCGCCUUCCUCAUAGCCUGCCUGCUGCUGCGCGUCUUCAGGUCGGGGAAGAGGUUGAAGAAGACCCGCAAGUAUGACAUCAUCACCACUCCAGCCGAGCGAGUGGAAAUGGCCCCGUUGAACGAAGAGGAUGACGAAGACGAGGACUCCACAGUAUUCGACAUCAAAUACAGGUAAAACCUGUUCUCCAGCGUGUUGGCAUCCUGUGGCUGGUCGGCUGAAGCUGGGGGGUGUGAAGGAUCUGGAAGCUGUCCCGUCCGAGGUGUUGAAACCAUAACAAACAUUAUUUAUGAAACACUGGCACAGUUGUAUGUAGAACGUCGGCUCCAAAUGUCACUGCAGGAGACACCACCCUCUGGACGCUCCUUUAAAAUGUCACCCUUUAUUCCCUCCUCAAGAGGGCUUUUGCCUUGCUAAGGGGCAAGGGGAAACAUGCUGAUUUAAAAAAUAAUUUUAAAGCAACUGCCGACAAAAGUAAAAGAGAUCAGAAGUUACCAAGAACCUAAGAAGAGCCUAAAGGGUAUUCAACGGCAUAUUUAGGGUUUCUGACCGUCUGCUCUCCUGGAUCUACGAACUUUUAUAUGUCUGACCCUUUGUGGCCUUUCUGGGCUUGGUCGAGUUCUGGCCUUUCGUUGGUGGUGGCCGCGUGAAAGUUCAGAGUGCAAGGGCUCAGAGCUGCUCAGCUUGUAGCAGAUGUAAACACGUCCUGUGGCUCCUUUUCUUUUCUUUUUCCGAAAGGGUUCAGCAGAAUUAGGCAUGGCUAGCUCACAAAGAAUUCUGAAUAUCAGGGAGAAACCUAGACCUGUGUGUGUGCAUGUGUGUGCAUGUGUGUGUAUGUGUGCAUGUGUGUGUGCAUGUAUGUGUGUGUGCAUGUGUGUGUGUGUAUGUACAUGUGAGAUAAUUUCUCCAUCUCUAAAGAGAAAAGAAAGUGUUUGGCAGCCUUUGCUUAGUAACAUCCAUGUGUGUUUCUCUGCCCUGUCACCGUUCUACAUAGUUGGUCUUAGAAAUGGAAUUUAAAAAAAAAUCACUGUGAUAAUUUAAAUGAAUGGUGAUUUGCUUGGCUGAAAAAAGCCCACUGCCAGGGACUACGUUUGCAGUUGGUCCAGGCCAGACUGGCCUAGGAACCCACCUGGACCCAGGAGGUUACUGCAGGAAGACCCCUUGCACAGGUGGGUUUGGGUGGUGGCUUAUCUUGCAGCUCCAGUGCCCGACACUUGCUGGAAGCAGGGCCUCGGGCUGACUCCUCAGGAUGAUAGAGGCCUCCCAUUUCACUAUUUCCCCAGGGUUAUUUGCUGCAACGGAUAUCCUUCUGCAAAAGUCUCCUAGCAGUGCCUUUGGGGGUGGGCUACUCUGUUCUCUCUGGAAAGGUGUUUUGUAAUUUUUUUUAUCUCCUCUUUUCUGGCAUUCUGCAGGGUUUGCAAAUUUGCCUGUUUAUUGUCUGCUCCACUGCUUGGGAUGAAAACUCUGGCCUUUCCCUACUCGCCCCUAUUUUCAGAUUUUUCAGUUUCCUGGGAAGGGGCUGCCCUGCUGUGGGGUCCCCUGGUGCCCAAGGCCCUCUGGGCAUGGGUGCUCUGCAGCCCUGGCCCAUCAAGGUGGCACUUCAGCCUCUGCAGAAGAGAGGGGCGGCCACUCUGAGGACAGUGGCCUGCUGGUCCUCGGCUCCCUCCUGUGAUUUGGCUUCUUUUGUUGACUUUCCUUCUCCCUUUCUCCGCCCUGUUUGCCAGAGCGGGGGGGGGGGGGCUGCUUUAUCUCUACCCUCCACCGUGUCCUCAUGGGCCAGGGUGGUGACUAAACGGGGUGGGCCGCCUAGCAGCUGUGCGCUUUCCGGACCUUUGAACUGGAACCGUGGCUCACAUUUGCCUUUCCGACAACCGCGUCUGAACCAUCUGCGGAGAAGCUGGAUUCUUCUGCCUGACACAUGAACGCCGGCCUCUGUCUGCCAGGUGCUCGUCACAGGGCCUGGCAGAGGCGGCCACCAAGAAUGACCUUCCAGAUGCCACAGCUUUGGCACUAGAGACUCUUAAAUAAAAAACCCUUCUGGCGUGAA